AUGUCGAUUAAAGCCAAACUAUUGUCCUUGUCACAGGCUUUACUUGCACUAGAAGCAUUAUCUUCUCCGGCGACCACCACUUCUGCACCUACCAUCGACUUAGGUUAUGCUCAGUACCAGGGAUCAGUGGACACAGUAACAAACAUCACUAGCUUUCUUGGAAUACGGUACGCGGCUGCUCCAGUUGGCAACUUCAGAUGGGCAGCCCCUCAGCCCCCAUCGACCAUCCUCGGGGUUCAACAAGCUACCACACAACCAAAUGCAUGUUAUCAAGCUACCGCAGGUAAUUCUUCGACAAAUCCCUUUGAAAGCGCCUCUAUGAGGAAAAGGGCUAUCAGUCAGUCGGAGGACUGUUUAUUCCUGAACGUAUACACUCCCGGAAGUGAAGUGGUAGCCACACCGUCGGGAGGGCUCCCAGUUGUCGUAUGGAUUCACGGAGGAGGGUAUAUUAAAGGAGCUGCGAGCCCAUACGAUGGCGCAGAUCUAAUUAUGGAAUCGAAUCACGGUGUCAUUACGGUCUUAGUUCAGUAUCGCCUCGGUUUAUUCGGUUUCCUACCUGGAGAAGCGGUCAAAGAAGGGGGUGCACUCAAUGCUGGACUACUCGACCAAAAUUAUGCGCUACAGUGGGUCCAGGCCUACAUAUGUAGUUUUGGCGGUGACCCCACGAAGGUAACGAUUUGGGGAGAGUCUGCUGCCUUGUUUAUUACGCUUGUCAUUUCAGGUGCCGGUUCCGUACUACAGCAUCUCGUUGCUCAUGGAGGAAAUACCCAGCCUCCCCUCUUCAGAGCUGCCAUAACGAGUUCCACAUUCUUGCCAUCACAAUAUAACUAUCAUGACCGAAUUCCGGAGAUGCUGUACAGUGAGGUCGUCGAUGGAACAAACUGUAGCUCAAGUUCGGAUACCCUCUCUUGUUUGCGUGCCGCAGACGUCAAUACGCUGCAAACUUUAAACUACAACAUCAACAUCGACGGCUUCUUUGGCACGUGGGUAUUCGUCCCUGUCGUGGAUGGCACUUUCAUUGUGGAGAGACCUACUGUGACGAUUAGCAAGGGUCGCUUGAAUGCUAAUUACCUUCUUGCCGUAACCAAUUCGCAUGAGGGGAACGUCUUCGUGAACCAGUCGACGACAUUGGAUAUCGCAGAUUAUGUCCAAACGCUUUUCCCGAACUUUGGUUCUGCUCAGGUUGCAGGAGCAGUGAUGAUGUACCAGAACCAGGGAAGCAACGUCAACCAGGCAAAUCUUGUGAUGGGUGAAUCGAUAUUCGUUUGUCCAACUUAUUACCUCCUCAAAGCAUUUGGAGAGCAAGCUUGGAAGGCAAGUUCGAGGAAAGGCGAGUUCGCAAUUCCACCUGGCUUGCACGCACAAGAUGUUGUAUACUACUUCACUUCGGGUGGUCCUUCAUAUAACAAUUCCCAGUUCAUCACUGCUUUCUCGAACUCAUUCAUGGCUAUGACCAUGUACGAGACUCCUGACGACAGAUACACCCCAGGAGACAUCACACCUUCCUGGAAUUCUUGGCGACAAGGCCUCACAGAGAUGAUGUUCAACGAGACAUCCGCGGGAGUACCUGACGUUUACACUUUCAAGACCGAUAUGGCCUUGCUCGAGCGUUGCGCGUGA